AUGUGGACCAGAUGUAACAACAUCUUGGUUCCUAGCUGCCAUGCUACCCAAAGGAAUCACGAUGACUGGGAUACAGUCAAGUUGCCUGACCGUAGACAGGAAAAGUCGAGAGGCAGUGGUCGCGCUCUAACUACUGAGCUAUUUCGCUCCAAUAGUACUAAUAAAUAUAGAAUAGAUAAAUGA